GCACACCCCCGCCCCGCCAACAUGGCGCUGGCGCUGGCGGCCGAGCGGGGCCGGCGCUGCCUGCGGGCGUUGCGGCGUCAGCCAUGGAGCCCCGCGCUGCUGUUGGCAAAGUGUGCCUCCACAGCAGAAGGUCACAGCAUAGGGAAGAUUCUGAUUGCAAACAGAGGAGAAAUUGCGUGCAGAGUGAUGCGCACAGCAAGGAAGAUGGGUGUGAAGUCUGUAGCAGUUUAUAGUGAAGCAGACAGAAAUUCCAUGCAUGUAGCAAUGGCAGAUGAAGCAUAUUGCAUUGGUCCAGCACCCUCACAGCAGAGUUAUUUGGCCGUUGAGAAAAUAAUACAGGUGGCCAAGACCUCAGCAGCACAGGCUAUUCAUCCAGGUUAUGGUUUCCUCUCAGAAAACACAGAGUUUGCAGAGCUGUGCAAGCAAGAGGGAAUCAUCUUCAUAGGUCCACCUUCAUCUGCUAUCAGAGAUAUGGGUAUUAAAAGCACUUCCAAAGCUAUAAUGUCUGCUGCUGGCGUUCCUGUUGUUGAAGGUUAUCAUGGAGAAGAUCAGUCAGACCAGUGUCUAAAAGAGCAUGCCAUGAGAAUAGGAUAUCCAGUAAUGAUUAAAGCUGUUCGCGGCGGUGGAGGAAAGGGCAUGAGAAUUGCUCAUUCAGAAAAGGAGUUUCUGGACCAACUAGAAUCAGCAAGGAGAGAAGCAAAGAAGUCUUUCAAUGAUGAUGCAAUGCUGAUUGAAAAAUUUGUAGAUAAUCCAAGGCAUGUUGAAGUCCAAGUGUUUGGUGACCAGCAUGGCAAUGCGGUGUAUUUGUUUGAAAGAGACUGCAGUGUGCAAAGAAGGCAUCAGAAGAUCAUUGAAGAAGCACCGGGGCCAGGAAUUAAUCCUGAAGUUCGAAAGAGACUUGGAGAAGCUGCUGUGAAAGCAGCCAAGGCAGUGAAUUAUGUGGGAGCAGGAACUGUGGAGUUUAUUAUGGACUCCCAGCAUAACUUUUACUUCAUGGAGAUGAAUACCAGGCUGCAGGUGGAGCACCCUGUUACAGAGAUGAUCACUGGGACAGACUUGGUGGAAUGGCAGCUUAGGGUUGCGGCAGGAGAGAAGAUUCCACUAACGCAGGAAGAGAUUCUGCUCCGAGGCCAUGCAUUUGAAGCCAGAAUAUAUGCUGAAGACCCUACCAAUAACUUCCUGCCAGGGGCUGGGCCCUUGGUGCACUUAUCCACCCCACCUCCUGAUAGAGACACCCGCAUAGAAACUGGGGUCAGACAAGGUGAUGAAGUUUCUGUUCAUUAUGAUCCAAUGAUUGCAAAGUUAGUUGUGUGGGCUGAGGAUCGUGAGGCAGCCCUGAGAAAGUUGCGGUACAGCUUGCAUCAGUAUAAUAUUGUAGGAUUAAGCACUAAUAUUGAUUUCCUACUGAGCCUGUCAGGACACCCACAGUUUGAGGCUGGAAACGUGCACACUAAUUUCAUUCCUCAAUACCAUGAUGAUCUGUUUCCAGCCAAAAAGGCAACUCCACUUGAAGUUGUGUGUCAGGCAGCUCUAGGACUCAUACUGAAAGAGAAAAUGCUAUCAGAUGCCUUUAGAAAUCAGUCAAGUGAUAAAUUCUCACCAUUUGCAUCCAGCACUGGAAGAAGAAUAAAUAUAUUAUAUACUAGGAAACUGUCUCUACUGGAUGGAGAAAACAUUGUGGAUGUUGCUGUAACUUACAAUCGAGAAGGAUCAUACAGCAUGCAGAUUCAAGACAAAAUGUUCCUGGUUUCUGGAGAAAUCUCUACUGAGGGCGAUUCGGUUUACUUGAGGUCUUCAGUUAAUGGAACAAUGUGCAAGUCCAAACUGGUCAUUUUGGACAACACCAUUCAUCUCUUCUCCCUGGAAGGCAGUGCUCAGAUUGGCCUUCCUGUACCCAGGUACUUAUCUGCAGUGAGUUCAGCGGGGACGCAGGGUGGUGCCGUAGCUCCCAUGACAGGCACUGUUGAAAAGGUGUUUGUGAAAGCAGGGGAUAAGGUUGAGAUUGGAGACCCUCUAAUGGUUAUGAUAGCUAUGAAAAUGGAGCAUACCAUAAGGGCUCCAAAGGCAGGAGUGAUAAAAAAGGUGAAUUUUCAAGAAGGUGCCCAGGCCAACAGACAUGCUCCACUAGUGGAAUUCAUGGAUGAAGCAGCUGAAUCGAAAUAAAACUCAAGGAAGGUGCAUUUUAUUUUUUCUACUUUGCUGAUACUCUCUCAGGAGGAGGUUUCUUCACCUUUUUGUCUAAGUGUUUUGUAUAACGGAUUGUGGAAUUGGUUUCCUCUGCACACACUGCUUUGGCUGCCAGUUAUUCUGACUGAACAUCACUAUACUGUAAUUGUGUAUAUAACUUGUGGACCUACGUGGUUGUUGUUCAGUGACUGUGUUUGCCUGUGGAAAGGCAUCAUAGUGGGAUAAGACAGGGUUCCCUUAAAGGAAGGAGAGGUGAGUAAGGGCUCCACUGACAGCAAGGGGUCUACUACCUAUUUUUUCAUUCUAAUAUGCCUUUUUUCCCUGAGAUGUGAGAGCACUGACAUGAAGGAAAUCUGAAAGGUUGUAAUAAUUUCAUGAAUUAAUUUCUCAUGCAGAAUUCCUGCUUGUGGCCUUAUCUUUUUGCCUCAGUAGGGAAUUCAGGACUGCUCAUAGCCCAGGAUCCCUCUGUCUUUUUAGGUGCACCUCUUUUCCUGUUUACCUCAAGGCAUAGUGGUAGCUUGCAUUUCAAAUAUUAUUUUAAUAUACUUUGAGAUACCUGAUAAAAAACAUUUUAAGAAUACAUGGUGGGGAUUUGCUACACUAAUCAAAGUUGGAAUGUGACUGCUUUCCAGAAAUAGCAUUUGAUCUCUAAACAUGAAGUAGUAGCACUGAGAGGUGAUAAGCUUAUUCAAUACUUGGAAAGUGUGCCAAAAUAAAAUACCAGCUUCAAAAUCCUCAUUCCUUUUCUCACAUUGUUUAUGUUCCAAAGUGGUAUUUAUUAGCUGGAGUGUGAAGUACCAAGGUCUCUAUAACAACAUAAAAUAUGACUAAGAAAAAUAUUCUUUUCUGCAUUUGUUGUGUUGUAGAAGGGAAAAUUUGUAGGUUUUUUUUAUUUGUAAAGCAAACAUUUCUCAGACAGCAUGCAAAUAAUUUACCAAAUAUUUACUUGUUUAAAUAACAGCUCAAAGAUACAGGAACAGGGAAAGAAGAAAGUGUUUUAAUUGUGACAGAAUUAGAAAAUGUUCUCACAUUUUGGUUAAGGUGAAAUUGUGCUGGUCAUAUGGACUUUUGAUACAUUGCUUUUGGAUGAUAGUGGAGUUGAUGCUGCACAAAGGAACAAAUACAAAUGCUGCAGUGAUCCCAAAUCUGUAGUUAGAUCUUUGCAAGUGGAUCCUUAUGUAUAUUUCAUAGUCAAGAUACAGUGUCUGGGGGGAAUUUUCUGCUCAGAUCCCAUACCUGGCAGCCUUACCUGCGAUGCAGGCAAAAAUUGUAGAAAUGAAAUGGGUCUAGGUGGUCUGUAUAUUAAAAACAUUGAGUACUGCUUUUCAGUAUCCCUGCUAAUCCAGUGACACCUAACAAAAAACAAAAUUCAGUGAUCAUCUUGUAGAUAUUGCCACAGUGAUUUUUAUUUACCACUAAAUAAAAAUUAAGCUUAACUUGGAUUGUUUGUUUUAUUUUUUCCCCAUUUUGUUCUUUCUUUGAUUGUUUAUGUACAAAUGUUUAUGUAUUAAAGGGUUUUAAUCAGCUGUAUGUGUAUCACCUGAUAUCUGAGACACUGCAACCCGCAGAUUACAUUUAGGAAGCAGUAAUCUGAAUGGUCAUAAUGGGCUCCACUGCAGAUAAGUUGAGUGACUUGUUUUUAUUUAAAAAUUGAAUCUACAUACAGAAAUGGGAACUUUGACCUGAAGGGAUGCUACAGAUCUGCUUUUUUUUUCCUGCUUGACAUUACUCCAUUUCUAGAUCUGUUUUAUUAUGCUGAAUCUAGAGCAGACCUCACAGCAUGAUGUUCUGUGUCCACAUAGCCUGCACUGCUUGCUUUUCCCAGCCAAUGGACAGCAGCGUGUUCUUAGGAACCUGAUGAGAUGUUAUUCAUUGGGAAUGAAAGGAGAAAAUCAUUUAUCCUUUUACCUGUUUCAAUUUUCCCUUGCUUCUGAAAAUUAGCUAUUAAGUUUUCCACAAUAUGGGUUUCACUGAAUUUUGGUUUUUCGAAUAGUGAUGGUUUUGUUUAUUUUGGGAUUUACACCCUUAGAAAAUCUCUUGCAGAAUUCACUGUCAGAAUUUGUACACUUGAAAUAACUGCUACAAUGUGAUCUAAUUUAUCUUAGAGAAUUAUUAAAAGUAGAUUAUUAUUAUUAUUCCUGCAAUCUAGAAUCUUAAGUUAAAGUAUUCUUUACGAAUGUGAACUCUGGAACAUUUUCUUGUGUUUUUAAUGUGAACGAGUAAGAGCUGUAUGAUAGUAACAUCGAUGUAACUGCGCUGUUGUCUGUGGAACGUGUGAUGGUUGAGAAAGAAAGAAAAUUAUUCUUAUUGGUCAGCAAGCUUCUUGGUUUUAUUCAGCACGUAACCUCCUCCUUCAUAAUGUGAAUGUUAACCAUACCAAAGUUACAGCCCUCCUAAGCUGUAGUUGGCACCAGCACGGAUCUCUCAGUCAGCUUUGCUCUCACACUCAGCUGCUGUCAACCACUACUCCUCUGAUAGCUUAAAGCCAGCAUAGGUCUGAACUGUGAGGCCUCAGCUCAUGCUGAAUUAGUGAUUAGCAAAGCAGGAAAGCAGGUCUGUGUUCUUAUUUCAGCCACUGACUCACCGUGACUGCAGGCAAAUCACUUAGUGCACAUAUUUGCCUUUGUUUCUUCCUGUGUAAUGAGGAUGACAGUAAUUAAAACGCUGUAAAAUUUGUGGACACAAAGACUUUUAAAUAAUUUUCCACACUUGCUUGU